GGUCCCGUCCGCGGCGCUCCAAGGGCAGGAGGCGAUGGCGGCGGCGGCGGUGGCGCGGAGCGGCCUGCGCGGGGUCCUGCUGGCCCAGCAGCAGCGGUGGAGCUCGGGGUCGGGAGCUGACCAGCUGGGCGAGCUGGGCAAAGGCGCCGGGAAGGGCGGCGGCGGCGGCGGCACCAUCCGUGAGGCCGGGGGAGCCUUCGGGAAGAAGCAGGCGGCCGAGGAGGAGCGGUACUUCAGGGACAAGGAGAGGGAGCAGCUCGCUGCCUUACGGAAACACCACGAGGAAGAGAUUGAUCACCACCAGAAAGAGAUAGAGCGUCUCCAGAAAGAAAUUGAGCGUCAUAAGCAUAAGAUCAAGAAGCUUAAAGAUGAUAAUUAAGCUGAUCUUGUUGUUGAAUGUGCAUGGCCAUACCUGUUGUGGUGAAAAGCUGCACUGAAGACUUUAUGCUUUGGCCAACAAAAUCUAAAUUUGCACAAUUAUACUGUGUUCUGCAACAUUAAAAUAAACUACAUCUGUCUUCUGCUCAGUAGCUGUUUAAUGAAAACAAAAAUCCACUGCCUGGUUUUAAACAUCUUUGUUCUUCCAAAAGUAAGGAUAUACUCUUGAGUAGGCAGUUCUGUACUCCACUGUUUUCUUUACAUUGAUUUGAAAGAAAUUAUCAUUUGUACUUUGUGUGGUAACUUUACAGUUAAAACUGCAAGAAAAGCUGGGGAAAAAAGUGGAAUCUGUUCAUACAGAAAUAACUUUGUCUCAAAACUGUGGUGUAGGGAGGAGAUGGCUUUCUACUGACCUAGCAGAUUAUCUAAAAA